AUGGGAAUUGCGGGACUCCACGGACUCCUAAAAUCGAUCCAGAAGCCUUGCAAUGUUAAAAAAUUCGCUGGCCAGACCCUUGGGGUCGACGCAUAUGGGUGGUUACAUAGAGGGACGAUUGCCUGCGCAUACGAAUUGGCACUUGGAAAGCCUACCACAAAAUAUGUCGAUUUUGCCAUGAGUCGCGUGCGGAUGCUUCAACAUUAUGGAGUCACCCCAUAUAUCGUGUUUGACGGCGGAUUGCUCCCAAGCAAGGAGAAAACGGAGGUAUCGAGGGCCGCCAGGCGAGAGGAGAGUAAGAAACUAGGUGAAGAGCAUAUGCGGAGAGGUAGGGUCACUGAAGCAUACCAAGAAUUUCAAAAGGCAGUUGACGUCACGCCUUACAUGGCCCGCAUCCUGAUUGAAGAGCUGAAGAAGCACAAGAUCCAAUAUCUGGUAGCUCCAUAUGAAGCCGACCCUCAAUUGGUAUACUUGGAGAAACAGGGAAUCAUCAAUGGCAUUAUUUCAGAGGAUUCGGACAUGCUCGUCUUUGGCGCCAAACGACUACUUUCGAAACUUGACAAACACGGCGACUGUAUUGAAAUUAGCCGGAGUGACUUCGCUGCGUGUCGGGAUAUCAGCCUGAUAGGUUGGACGGAUGAGAAUUUCCGCCACAUGUGCAUUCUCAGUGGCUGUGACUACCUUGCAAAUAUCCCUAAAAUGGGAUUGAAAACGGCGUAUCGAGGUAUUAGAAAGUAUAAAUCGGUGGAACGGGUGGUCAAAAUGGUUCAGUUCGAUGGAUCGAAUCGUGUGCCACCAGGUUAUCUCGAAAGCUUCAAACGAGCUGAACUUACGUUCCUGCAUCAGCGGCUGUUUUGCCCCACUGCGAAAGCCUUGGUCAUGCUUAAUCCCCUUGCCGAUGGCGGAAACGGAGAGGACAUGCCAUUCAUCGGUGCUAUGCUGGAGCCCGAUGUAGCGAUUGGGAUUGCCUGUGGGGAUAUCGACCCAAUCACCAAGGAGCCGAUCGAGAUAAGGCCGUCAUACCCAGAACGAGAAAGACUGGUUCGAACAGGAAGAGAAUCUAUAACCUCGAACAAUGACAAGAAACCAGUUAAGGAAAUACGCGAAUUCUUUACGCCGAAGCGUGUUCCACUGGCGGAACUCGACCCCAACUCAAUGACUCCUUCACCAAGGCCAAAUCAGCCACUGACGAGCCGACAGAAUCGAUACUCUCUCGCUGCAAACCGAGUAUCAACUCCACCCAGCGUCACCAGGAGUGCAUCCUCUAUACCAAACACUCCGUUGGACCGGGCCCGACGGACAGAAAUGUUCCUCAGGGGUGCAUCUCAAAUACCACCGCCGCCACAAGUUCAGAAGAGACAGCGUCUCUGUUCGGACUCCGACGAGGAAAGCUUAGCGGGAAGCAUGACCGAGGUGAGCAGUCGAUUCUUCGCUGCCACCGGAGAAGCCACAGUCACGCGCAAGGACACGAGCAAGAAGCUCAAGAGUAACAAGCUGCAUGUGUUUUCAGAUCAGGUCACUUCUUUAUCCCCAGGUCAGGCUCUAGGCAGUGAUCAAGUCAAGCAGUCUACAACCAUGGAUAGCCCUUCGCUGCCGCUCUCAUCAGAUCGCCUCUCUCCGUCAGUUUUUCCAAAAGAUCUCGGUAACUCACAGGCACCCUCUACGGCGUUGUCCAAGGAGGCAUCUUCGAACCUAUCCACCAUGGCCGACAGCCGAUCGGUAGAUGCAGACUCCGACCCUUCCUUAUUCGAGAGUGUGCUAGACUACAACAUAGAGCGCCAUAACCUGAACUUGCGUGAGAAGUAUGCCUUCAAACCCUUGGGGCAGAGUGAGAGUGAGACGUCGCAAGUAAAUGGGACCCCAGUUGAGAGUACCCUCAUGCCAAGCCCGUUGCCAGGCAAAAGCGUCAAGCGGACGCCAUCUUCCCAGCUCCGUGCCACGCCGUUACAACGGCUAAAACAAAAUGCUCUUGCCCGCUCAAAGUCUAUGAACAGUCUGCGGCUACCGCUGCCCAGCGGCCAGCCAGAAAACAGCGCCGAAUCUACCACCGACAUAUCAGCCGAGCGCCGUUCUCCAGCCAGGAGAACUAUCUCACAGGUCGGAAGUGAGGAUAUGAUCAUCCCGAGCAGCGACAACUUGAACGACGAAGAGCUCGACAGCCAGGAAGUUGCCUAUUCCUUCGAUUUGUCUGAAUAUGCCUUCAAAAAAGCGUAA